UGGCAUGCUGAAACAGAUUGCCCUCACGCAAUGUUAUGUGUGAUGGCGGGAUCACACGCCCGCCAUGAUACAUUUCUAACAAUCAUCCCCCGACGGAUGAAUGAAUGGAGGUCGAAAGAAAGCAAGCCCCUAGGCGUCAUAUGUGGUUGGCCGUUUGGUGAAGAAGAUUUCCGGGUUCAGGUCCCAGUCUGCUUUGGACCACCGAACGUUGGACAGCUUGAAGUCUUGGAAUAGCCGGAGCGCUUCACAACAACAAGGUUAGCGGGUCAAGGUGUCGGUAACGAGUGUGACGAAUUACGCACGAAGACGUGCCGUAUUUGCUAGGUGGAGAAAGUGCUAAGUGAUGGGUGUUUUCGAGAGCUGGUGCUUGUUGAUCGUUGCGUUCGGUGUUGUACUACUGCUAGCUGGAAGAGGCUGUCAAGCACAAGACUUUAAAGGUGCGAUAGAUCACUGCACGAAAGACUUCGACAUGGAUAUGGACAUUGUGGUGUCCCUGAAGUACGGCGAUUUUACUGAGCGAGAUGCACUUAUUGAGUGUUUUACCGAAUGUUUGAUGAAGAAGUCAGGCUUCAUGUACGACGACUAUACGUACAACAAAACGCUGAUCAUCGGUUUUGCCGGUCGGUAUCUAGAACCGGAGGGGGCACAAGCAGUGUACGAUAACUGCAUCGAUCGCUUCGGUCAGACGGUGUGCGUUACGGGGUUCGAGAUGUACCAGUGCAUCCACGAAACGGCCGUCUCCGAGUGGGUCUCGAGCAACUUCUAGCGGCAGCUACUUGAAAGCAACCGGAAGAUCAUGGCCAUGGUCAUCGUUCCAAUUCGCCCUCCUUCCCAGCGCGUCUUGCACGAGCGUGGUUGCAUCGAUGCUCGGACGCAUCUGAUUACCGUGUACAGUUGAAGCUUUUUUUUGUAUGUUUAGUUAUAUUUGAUUGUAAGAUGAAUCGCUUGUUUCGCAAUCCCCCAACAUCCCCAUGCUAGGUUUUUAAGUGCAACGUGAAACCAAAAAGAAUGACUUUUGACUAUUUCAUCGUUAAAUAAAGCCGGAUCAUUAGAUCGACCGCAGUGUAAUUGAACGGCUAUUGGAUACGGGGGGUUUUUUUUUCUUCAACCUGACGAUGGGUUACAAUUUUUCAUGCAAAAAUUGGUAAGACACAGACUUCCAACCGGACAGCACAAACUGCGUCACGCUGUGUUGUGGGGCACGCGGGUAGGAAAAUGUAUCUAAAUACGCUAAUAACAAC